UGCUCCAAAGUCCUUGUACAAACGAUUCGACAUGCACUGCGGCUGAGAAGAAAGAAUACGGGAAAGUAGAAAAUAGUGUAUGUGCAAAUGCAGCAGACCCACAAAAACGAAAGUGUAAAUGUAAAGACGGCUUUGCUGAGACAGGAAAUUUAUGCUCUCGAGUGCUCCAAAGUCCUUGUACAAACGAUUCGACAUGCACUGCGGCUGAGAAGAAAGAAUACGGGAAAGUAGAAAAUAGUGUGUGUGCGAAUGCAACAGACCCACAAAAACGAAAGUGUAAAUGUAAAGACGGCUUUGCUGAGACAGGAAAUUUAUGCUCUCGAGUGCUCCAAAGUCCUUGUACAAACGAUUCGACAUGCACUGCGGCUGAGAAGAACGAAUACGGAAAGGUAGAUAAUAGUGUGUGUGCAAAUACAACAAACCCACUAAAACGAAUGUGUAAAUGUAAAGACGGCUUUGCUGAGACAGGAAAUUUAUGCUCUCGAGUGCUCCAAAGUCCUUGUACAAACGAUUCGACAUGCACUGCGGCUGAGAAGAAAAAAUACGGAAAGGUAGAUAAUAGUAUGUGUGCAAAUACAACAAACCCACUAAAACGAAUCUGUAAAUGUAAAGACGGCUUUGCUGAGACAGGAAAUUUAUGCUCUCGAGUGCUCCAAAGUCCUUGUACAAACGAUUCGACAUGCACUGCGGCUGAGAAGAAAGAAUACGGAAAGGUAGAAAAUAGUGUGUGUGCAAAUACAACAAACACACUUAAACGAAUCUGUAAAUGUAAAGACGGCUUUGCUGAGACAGGAAAUUUAUGCUCUCGAGUGCUCCAAAGUCCUUGUACGAACGAUUCGACAUGCACUGCGGCUGAGAAGAAAGAAUACGGGAAAGUAGAAAAUAGUGUAUGUGCAAAUGCAACAGACCCACAAAAACGAAAGUGUAAAUGUAAAGACGGCUUUGCUGAGACAGGAAAUUUAUGCUCUCGAGUGCUCCAAAGUCCUUGUACAAACGAUUCGACAUGCACUGCGGCUGAGAAGAAAGAAUACGGGAAAGUAGAAAAUAGUGUGUGUGCAAAUGCAACAGACCCACAAAAACGAAAGUGUAAAUGUAAAGACGGCUUUGCUGAGACAGGAAAUUUCUGCUCUCGAGUGCUCCAAAGUCCUUGUACAAACGAUUCGACAUGCACUGCGGCUGAGAAGAAAGAAUACGGAAAGGUAGAUAAUAGUAUGUGUGCAAAUACAACAAACCCACUAAAACGAAUCUGUAAAUGUAAAGACGGCUUUGCUGAGACAGGAAAUUUAUGCUCUCGAGUGCUCCAAAGUCCUUGUACAAACGAUUCGACAUGCACUGCGGCUAAGAAGAAAGAAUACGGAAAGGUAGAAAAUAGUGUGUGUGCAAAUACAAUAAACUCACUAAAACGAAAGUGUAAAUGUAAAGACGGUUUUGCUGAGAGAGGAAAUUUAUGCUCUCGAGUGCUUAACAGUACUUGUACAAACGAUUCGACAUGCACUGGGGCUGAUAAAGAAUAUGGGAAGGUAGAAAAUAGUGUGUGUGCAAAUACAACAGACUCCAAAGAACGAAUCUGUAAAUGUAAAGACGGUUUUGCUGAGACAGGAAAUUUAUGCUCUCGAGAGUUACGUAUGGCUAUAAACCUCAAUUCCAGUGCUCCAAAGUCCUUGUACAAACGAUUCGACAUGCACUACGGCUGA